UGUCCGUACGGCACCAUCCGCCGUCAAACAAGUCCAAUUCAUUUCCAAUUCUGUCCAAGUUAUAGCUUCUCCGUCCCUCGCUCACUUUCCACUACAGCUCGAUCGCCAGCCCCUUGCAGGGCUUCGGCGUUCGCAAUGGCCUCCCCAGCAGCAGCGUGCAGCCUCCCGACCCCCACAGCGCCUUCCCUCGACGCCAAACCCGUGGACGAGGCCGGCCUCCGCCGCCUGAGACGCCGCCGGCGCCGCCGCUGCAUCUGCAUCUGCGCCCUGGUCACCCUCGGCGUGCUCCUGCUCCUGGGCGUCACCCUCCUCGUCCUCUUCCUCACCGUGUUCCGCGUGCGCGACCCCACCACGCGCCUGCUCUCCACCCGCCUCGUCGGCCUCGCGCCCAGCCUCACCCAGCCAAACUUCACGCUGCUGCUCACCGUGGCCGUGCACAACCCCAACCCGGCCUCCUUCGCCUACGCCUCCGGCACCACCGGCCUCUGGUACCGGGGCGCCCACGUCGGCGACGCCCAGGUCGACCCCGGACGCAUCCCUAGCAAGGGGGACGGGGUCGUGCAGCUGGAGAUGACGGUGCUCACCGCCGGCUUCACCAAGGACAUGGCGCAGCUGAUCAGGGACAUCGAGGCCGGGUCGCUGCCGCUGGACGCCAACGCCAGGAUCCCGGGGAGGGUGGCCGUCUUGGGCGUGUUCAAGCUCAACGUCGUGGCCUACUCUGACUGCCACAUCGUCGUCGGCUUCCCGGACAUGGAGAUCCGAGGCCAGGACUGCCGCGACCACGCUAAGCUCUGAUCGGCUUGGUUGUCGUUCGUUUUAUGGCAUUGCCAGGGAGAGCGUGAUCAAUGGUUCUCGAGUUUCUUAUAUGGUGCAUCAGCAUGAUGAUACUUGAUCCUUUG